UGUGUAGGAACUUUAGUCCAAAGAGAGAAUUUUUCAAGAUGAUGCUCAGUCCGGACCAGGCCGAGGCGGACCUCUCGUGGACUCAGUCCGACCCGGAGACGCUGCUGAGCGGCCUGAAGUCUGCGGGCUGCUCGUCGGAGGAACCGGCGGAGGAGGGCGAGGAGCGGGCCAACAAGUGUCGGUCCGAUCAGCCUCUGAGCCGCGAGGAGACGCGGCGGCGGCGGGCGACGGCCAAGUACCGCUCGGCCCACGCCACCAGGGAACGGAUCCGAGUGGAGGCGUUCAACGUGGCGUUCGCGGAGCUCCGCAAACUGCUGCCCACUUUGCCCCCCGACAAGAAACUGUCCAAGAUCGAGAUUCUCAGACUGGCUAUCUGCUACAUCUCCUACCUGAACCACGUCCUGGACGUCUAGACCUGAUCCAACAUAUCCUAUACCUGACCAAGUCCAGGAGGUCUAGACCUGGUCUAAGAAUCACGUCCUGGAGGUCUAGACCUGGUCCGUGUGGCCUUUACAUGCUCAUCAGCAGUAUUUGUACUACGUCCUUUACUUUGGACGCAUCACCCAACGCGGACCAGGUAUCCCCACCAAAACCAGCAGGUAUGCACAGGGGUCCAAAGUGUGGCCGGGGGGCCAUUUGUGGACUGUGUUUUUUUGUUUUUUUUCCCCCCAUUUAUUGUCCCUUCACAAAUUAUAAACAUUCUAAUGACAAAGAAGAAGAAUUUCGGUAAUGUUACAUAAAACAAUUUAAUUCUACAAACCAUUUGCUUAGUCAGCUGUAACAUAAAGUUAUAUACGUUUUUUGUAUUUUUAUUAUAUUUUUUGCAAGCUUGGACACACCACUUAUGGUGGGUAGAGACGUACAACUGUCUCACUGACAAAGUGUCAAAAAAAAUAAUAGAUAUAUACACUUUUCAUUUUCUGGACUUUUCACAAUAAAAGUGUCUUGCUGGUGGACAGCUACAAGGAGAUCCCUAAAGUCUGGACACUUGCACAUAUCAUACCACAUUUGUUUAAUUUCGUAUACAAAUACAUACAUCACCUGAUUCUUAAUUCCACCUAUUGAUUUAUUUAUUUUUUUACCAUAUUUGUAUUUAUAUUAUUAUAUAUAGCCUAUAUGUUUUAUUAAAUGAUUUAAUUUUAAUGUACUAUUUAUUUUUGUAUUAUUCAUGAGUGAAAUACAACUUGUUAUAAUGCACAUACUGUAUAUUCUAUUUGUCCAGACUUGAGGCCAGCUUGUAGAUGAGAGCGUUUGGAAUAAAAAAAAAAUAAAAUAAAAAAAAAGGGUAAUAAAGAUAGCUGCUUUAGAUUUUUAGUUUAGGAAGGAUAAAAAAAAAUCAAAAGAAAUGCGUAAGUGCCACUUAAAUAAUGUGUGACCUUGCUAGUUAUUUAUUUAAUUGUGUUGAUAUUUAAGAGUCAUUUGUUUAUGUUUGUAUCAGUGUGUGUUUUGCGUUUAGACUGUGAAGUUGUGGUGUGUUUUUUUUCGCACUCUUGAAAAAUGGCACUUUGUGUUACUUUAUUUAUUUAUGCUGCGUUUGAUGUGUGUAUCAACUCUUAUGACCUUUAUUUGAUGUCUAUUGUGUAUCAAUAGCAACGACAAGCACUUGAAGACGGAGCAGUGGCUCUAAAAUUUUUAUUUAUUUCCACUCAUAAAUGUCAUUUUGCAAUUCUGAAAAUAACAUAUUGUUUUUUGCUGGGACCAAAUCAUUUGGAAAAAUGACUUGUGUUGAAUAUUUUUGGUGUAUUUGCUUUGGCUUUAUGCUUUUUCUUUUUUGGAAAUUGAUGAUGUGUUCUUCUCGUGACAUAUCUUGUAUCCAAAGAUCUGUUUGUCUCUUCAGGGUUGUGUAGACCACUUGUUGCUUUAUGCACAUCUUUUUCUAGUAGAGAUAUUAUUGCUUUCUA